AUGUACUCUCCUCCCGAGGAGAUUGGGGCUGCUGUCGAGGCGUACCGCUCCCACAUCUCAGAGCACAACCGCCGUAUCGACCAAGUCUUUGGAGUGUCUGUAAUGUCUUUAGUUGUUGGCGCAGAGCCGGAAGAAGGCGGCUUUGAGGACGACGAAGACAUUAACGAGCUGCGGCUCCAGGCCUCGUAUCCUAUAUUUGAUACAAAUCUCCUGAAUCUAGUCUCUACACCGCGCGAGAUUCUCACUUGCUGGGAGGAGCUCUAUGCUGUAUACGAUCUAGGCGGCACAGGCACCUCCGGGAAGCCUUCUGAAGAAGAGGUAGCUCUUCGUAAGGAGUGGCGCUUGCUGAUAGAGAAAAAUCUGAAGAAGUUGUAUCUUGAGGAGGUGCGGGAGAGCAUCACGUUCCCUGAGGAGUUCUGCAUAUUAGCAAAAAGCGCUCAUGCCCACACUGGACCAGGGCUGACGGAGCUUAAGUCGAGACAUCAGGCCUCCUUUUGGGUUGGACGGCAUGCUCCUCCCUAUGCUGAGGAGGGCGCUGCUGAGAUGGUUAAGACUCCUAAGUGGCUUACUGAACACGUGGGCGGCGGGCGGGACUGCGCUGCUGGAUGGGAUGCGGGGAGUGGUUUCCGUCACGCGUUCCAUGUCGUGUACUGCCGGAGAUCGGCUGCCCAGCCGGACGCAGAUGGCUUUCACGAACCCUGGGCGUGGAGGUAUUUCUCGUCGGAUUCGGUGGAUUUUGGCGUUUUCGACACUAUCCCUGAGUUUUUGGCGUGGUACGGCAGGUAUCGCGAGCCCAGUGUACCUGACGCGUCUUCCAUGACGGGAUACGAUGUCUUGAUGGGAGACGUCUUCUAA